UGUGCCCCGCCCCCUCCUGCGUUUUGAUUGGCUGGCGGAGCCGGCGCUCUGCGGUCCUGGCAGCUGCGACUCUAAGGUGCCGCGGUUGCUCCGGCUGCCGAGGGCGGGGGACCCCGGCUCCCUCCCUGCCUGUGCCGGCCGGAUGCACAGCAGCACCUGCCGCUCAGACACCGGCACCAGGAGGGGGAGACACGGGGGCCUCGUCCUCCCCUGUGGUGGCGGCCCGGAGAGCAGGAGGCCGGGAACAAAGGCUCCGCGCCAGCCCCUGUGGCUCCACCUGCCGCCCGCGGCGAUGGCUUCCCUCAGCCUUGGGGGGCUGAACGUCUCGGCCCGUAGGAAGAGCGUCCAGUCCCGCAACGCGGCGGUGGAGCGGAGGAACCUGAUCACCGUGUGCAGGUUCUCUGUGAAGACUCUGAUUGAUCGUUCCUGUUUUGAGACUAUUGAUGAUUCUUCCCCUGAAUUUAAUAAUUUUGCAGCCAUUUUGGAACAGAUUUUAAGUCAUCGUCUGAAAGGUCAGAUCACCUGGUUUGGCUAUGAAAGCCCUCGUAGCUUCUGGGACUAUAUCAGAGUAGCUUGCCGUAAGGUUUCACACAAUUGCAUCUGCAGCAUUGAGAAUAUGGAGAAUGUCAGUUCUUCUAGAGCAAAGGGCAGAGCGUGGAUCAGAGUUGCACUUAUGGAAAAACAUUUGUCGGAAUAUAUUUCUGCAGCUCUAAGAGACUUCAAAACAACCAGGAGAUUUUAUGAAGAUGGAGCAAUUGUCCUGGGAGAGGAAGCAAAUAUGCUUGCUGGCAUGCUGUUGGGACUCAAUGCUAUUGACUUCAGUUUCUGCCUGAAGGGAGAGGGAUUGGAUGGCAACUUUCCAGCUGUAAUAGAUUACACACCCUAUCUGAAGUUCACCCAAAGUUCUGAUAGCAUCAGCAGUGAUGAAGAAGAGCUAAGGACUCUGGGAAGUAGCGGCAGUGAAAGCAGUACUCCAGAAAAUAUUGGACCUCCUUUCAUCAUGGAUGAAAACAGUUGGUACAACAAAUGCAAAAGGGUAGAACAGAAGUAUCGACUCACCUUGGAGCAGAAGGGUUAUCUUGAAGAGCUAGUACGCCUCAGAGAAACCCAGCUGGCUGAAUCUGUCUCACAAAACAAACUACUGCUACAGAGGAUUGAAGAUAUGGAUCUAGCACAUAAAAUGGAGAAGGAACAGCUGGAGUACAUAAUUGUAGAGCUCCAGGACCAGCUAACUGUGCUAAAGAAUAAUGAUUUGAGAUCAAGACAAGAGUUAACUACCCACCUCACCAAUCAGUGGCCUUCUCUGGGAGCUCUGGAUGUCAAUGCUGUUGCCUUGGAUACUCUACUCUAUAGAAAGCACAGUCAACAAUGGGAUGAGAAAAGUUUUCAAAGUCUGGACCAACUCUCAGCGGAAGUUAGUCUUUCUCAGACAUCUCUGGACCCAAGUAAUUCACAAGAUGGAGAUGGAAAGCAAGAUGGAUUAAAUUUACUAAGUGAAGUGUCUUCCACAAUUCUGGACAUCUGGGCUGCUCUUGUCUCACUGCUCAUGGAGGCGGAUCAGAAAUUUGGUGUUGCAUGGUCUGGCCACACCCUCUCUGCCCCUUCUUGCUGCCAGAUGAGUUAUUCCCAAUCUGUUAAAUUUGCAUAACAUCAUGAACAAGUAUUCCAUAGAUAACGAAAUAGCUACAUACAUUAGACCAAGAAAGAUGGUCGUACGGUAACAAUUCCACUUAAUAUCUGACCCUCAACUAUUGAGCUAUCCAGAGUGGAUAGAACUGUAGGAGACACUGCUAGCAGAAAGGAAAUCAGUAAGAAAUUUUACAUUCUGGAAUUCAGUGUCUCCCACAAUUCUGGACAUCUGGGAAGUAGUGAGCACUGAACAGAUAUAGGGAGGGUUCUGAAACAAAAGUUUAGUAGGAAAGAAGUCCUCUGUCCCCUUUUUGUGAGCUUGCUCAAAAGUUUAUUUCUGGCCACUGCACACAGCACCUCCCUGCCCAAGGAAGCCUCUGCAGAAGACAAAUUCCACCUUGUAGUACUUAAUGAAGGUGUUAGCUGUAGACCAACUAGCUGUUUUGUAAAUUUCCAAAGUGAACACACUUGCUCAUUCCAACCAGGAGGUUGGUAAGGAUCUUGUGAAGUGUGCUUGAUCCAUUCUGGGACAGAAGUCUCUGAUGAUUUGUAGGCUUCCACAAUACAUAAUCUAAUCCACUGAGUAACAGAGGAUUUGAAAUCUCUGAGUCCUUGGCAUUUGGGUGGGAGGGCAUGAGUAAGGAGACCAAUCUUCUUGCAGAUUUUUGUAUGCUUGAGAGAGAUUUUCAAAACUCCUCUGACCUCUAAGGUGUGUCUCACCUUUUCAGUUGGAUGUUGUACUUUUGGACAGAAUGAAGUAAGCACAAGUUCUUUGAAAGUAUAGACGGAGAAAUUUACCUUAAUAAGAGAGGAUUCUGGUGUUCUGAGUGCCACUUUUGCCUUAUGGAACACGCAGUAAGGCUCCUGUAUAGAUAAGGCUGCCAGCUCCGACACUUGGCUCGCAGAUGUGACAGCUACUAAGAAACAAUUCUUAAUGGAUAAAUAAAAGGCGAACACUGAAGUCAGAAGCUCAGAGGAAUGGCUUGUCAAAGCCCACAAAAAUAGUGAAAGAUCCCAUUUGGUGAAGAGUGGCAUGUCAGUCUGGCUAACCAGACUGCUCAAAGCAAUUUACUACCUGUGGAUUGUCUUCCAGGGAGCCUGAGAAGUAUUUUGGUCUCUGCCUUGGAACAAUUCACAAGUUGGCUGCUUGGACUAAAGGAUCUGGAAGGCAGAUGGGUGUGCCUUUGCAGACGUCGUUGUGGGCUGACCACUAUUGUAAGGAGUUGAACACCAGUGCUGGAACCUAUACUUUAUCUUCCUUGUGUUUCAUAGUGUGAUCCCACAUUGCUAAUAUGAAAGCUUGAAGACUUCUGGUGCAUGAUUAUGCCCAUGGAGAUCCAUAUGCAUUACACAACAAGUCCUAGCAGUUGGAGGCAUAGUGCUAUAAUAGGUUUCCUGUGGCUCUGGAGCAAGAAAAUUCCUGGGUGGACCCAGAGAACUUUUCUUGGCAUUGAAGCUGGGUGCCUGGAGAAGAUUUCACAUUCAAGAUGUGACCUUCUGUGAUGUGAUGGAGCUUUGAUCAGAAUGUCAUCCAGGAAGGGGUACAGGUGAGUUUCCUGUGACCUGAGUCUGGCCAUUAUCACAAUCAACAUCUUUGUAAAAACCCUGGGGGCCGAGGAGAGGCCAAACAGGAGUGUUAGGUAUUUCCAAUGUUUCCUGCUGUUUGCAAACUACAGAAGUCUGUGGGGGCAGAGUCUGAUGGAAAUAUGUGUCGUUUGGGUCAACUGAAGUCAAGAAGUCCCUUCUGGGACAGGUAUGAUACUGGAGAGGCCAUCCAUCCAAAACUUUUUCUCUAUCCACUUGUUGCUUUUGAGAUCGAGAAUGGCUCUGAUGCUCACCAUUUGCUGCUGUAUAAUAAAGAAGAUGGAGUAGAACCCGGAGAACCUUUCUUCUGAGGGAACCCACUCUAUCAUUCCCAUAUCUAAAAGAUAUAUUUUGUUCUAUAUCAGACUGUGUUUUACAGGGCCAUUGGGUGACUGGAUGAAGACUGGAUGGCUGGAGCCUGCAGCUCAAGGGGGUCUCUCUCGCUCACUACAUCCCUGACCCAUUUGUCUGUGGUCAGUGAAAACCAUUCUUCUAAGAAAUGGGAAAUUCUGCCCCGAGCUUCCGCUCUGGGUGGAGCCUAUGCAAUCUUUGUCAUAAAAUGGAUUUGGGAAGGUUGGGGGCUGAGGUCCCCCUGGAAUUUUCCCCGGUACUUCCAUUCUAGUUUUUCCCUCUGUGAAUUUGUUGUCCCUUUGCUGGUAAAUGAUAAACUUGGUACCUCUGUGAGGAUGAGAAGCAAAAGGAAUGCCUCUGUCCGAAGGCUGGUCUAUUUUCUAUUCUGAGGACCCUUAGUGGGGAAAGGAGAGACUGUUUAGAUUUUGCCAUCUUGUCAGCCACUAUCUUAUCCAGUUUUUCUUCAAAAAUGAGGAAGCCUGUAAACUUGGCUGAGCGUAGGACCUGUUUAGAGUAAGUAUCCAUCUUCAAGGGUUGAAGCCAUAGGCGGUGCCUGGUUACUGAACUGGAAACCGUGGCUUGGGCUGAAAACCUUAUUGUAUCCAUUGAGGUGUCAGUGACAAAGGCUGUUUCUGGGAAGACUCUUGAAAGUGGAGCCAAAGUCAGGGUCAUCUCAAAGCCCUAAGGGCAAAUGUUCCAAACAGGAAAGAGAUGCUCCUGCAAAGCAGGAAGCUGCCAGGAAUAUUCAGAAGGUGG